GUUGAACAGGUUUGUCAAGAACUACCCAAUCAAACUAUCUUUCUCAUACGUCUUUUGGAUAAAGCUGAUGUAAUCAGUAGCCAUUAUUACAGUGUGUGGUACAACGUGCGAUAGUUUCUUGGCUGUUUUUAUAUGGCGUAGUAAGUGUUUUUGGAAACUAUGGCAAAAUAUUUAGCACAAAUAAUUGUGCUUGGUGGUCAGGUUGUUGCAAGGGCCUUCACCAAGGCAGUUAGGCAGGAGUUUGCAGCCAGUCAAACUGCUGCUAAGAGGGCUGGUGGCGGGCAGCAAGGACGCAAAGCUGCUGCUACAGACAGUGUUAUGGGAAUGUCAUUACAGGAAGCACAACAAAUACUGCAUGUUUCACCAAAUUUGAAUCCUGAAGAAGUCCAGAAAAAUUACGAUCAUUUAUUUACUGUGAAUGAGAAGUCAAAAGGAGGUUCAUUUUACAUACAGUCCAAGGUUGUGAGAGCAAAAGAACGAAUAGAUCAAGAAUUUAAAAAUAGAGAAGAAGUAAAACAGAGAAAAAAAAUUUCAGCAGAGACAACAAACAAACCUGAUGAGCCGUCAGCACCUUCAUGAUGACACUUGCAGCAGUUGUACAUCUUAUUUAAAUUAGGAGUGUUUUACAAGUCUUCAGCAAUGCAGUGAAAAACCAUAUUGAGUACCGUCACAUUCCGACAUGGUUGCCAUCCUUGAUGAUCGCUGACAAUUCUAUACUGACAAUCCACUGAGGUCAUUUCCCCAUAAUAAGACAAAAUAAAGCCGAAGUAUAUUUUAAUCUCUUCGUGGAGACAUCAGUUUUUAAUUGAUGUCCAUUAUCUCAUAAUAUCAGUAUUUUGGUCAUGUGACCUCAGUAUCUUACAAGAAUAUGUAGAACUUAACGGUAAUUAUUAAAACAAUGUUUUUAUUUAA